GGAGCCCCCCAGGGACCCCCCAAAUUCUCUGAUGCCUCCAAGGUGGUGGCCAAAGGUUUGGGGCUCAGCAAAGGCUUCGUGGGGCAGAAAAAUUCCUUCACCGUGGACUGCAGCAAGGCAGGUAACAACAUGCUGCUGGUGGGGGUCCAGGGACCCCGGAACCCCUGCGAGGAGAUCGUGGUCAAGCACUUGGGCAACCAACUCUACAACGUGGGCUACCUGCUGCGGGAGCGCGGCGACUACGUGCUCGUGGUCAAGUGGGGCGAGCAGCACGUGCCCAACAGCCCCUUCCGCGUCUCCGUGCCCUGAGAGGCCCCAAAAAAACCCCCUGGGGGUCCCCAAAAUCUGCGAGAAGUUCCCCAGAGUCGGUGAAAGUUCCCAAAAGUUCAUCAGAGUUCUUGGAAGUUGGGUGGAAGUUCCUCAAAGUUCUCCAAACUUGGCCAAAAGUCCCUCAGAGUUGGUGAAAGUUCCUCAAAAUUGGCCAAAAGUCCCUCAAAAUUGGCCAAAAGUCCCUCAGAGUUGGCCAAAAGUCCCUCAAACUUGGCCAAAAGUUCCCCAGAGUUGGGCAAAGUCCCUCAAAGUUCUCUAAACUUGGCCAAAAGUCCCUCAAAGUUGGUGAAAGUUCCCCAAAGUUCCUCAAAGUUC